AUAAAUGCAUACAUGUGGAUAGCUGCUUUGGAAUAUUUUGCUGUACAUGAAAAGCCAUAUAAGAAAGCAAUUAGCUUCAAUUGAAAUUCAAUUGGAGCUUUCUUCAACUACAACCAAGACUAUUCUCAAUGGCAGAAAACAAAGCCACAAAGUAUGCAGUAGUUACAGGGGGAAACAAAGGGAUUGGAUUUGAAAUAUGUAGGCAGCUAGCUUCUCAUAGAGUGCUGGUGAUUUUAACUGCUAGAAAUGAGAGGAGAGGGAUUGAAGCUUCUACUAUAGCGCUCGAGAAGAUUCAAGCUAGGCUAAUGCGAGCAGCAAAGGACGAUGAUACAGAGUACCAUCUGCUGAACUCCUCUUCGUGUGUGUAUCAAGCCUACAAAAUGGGGUUCUUUUCCUUUUUAAAAGGGAAAAAGGCAACAAUCUGCCGUGGUCACAUAAACAAUCAGUAUAAUACUAUACUUGCUUCUGGAUGCUUGUUAAGUCUGCAAACAGCACAACUGAAGCUCAGAGCUGCCUAAAGGUGCUGAAUCUUUUUCCCUUCUUUGGUAUUGCAGGA